CCGAAGUUACAGCCAAUUAAACAAAUAAUUUGGUUAAGUGACAGUCGACAGACCAUGUUUGUCUAAUGGUAUACCGGUACUGCUAACACAAGUUCGCAAUGUUUCCUCGCCUUCAAAGGCUACCGCUAUGGCGCUUCGUACGCUCUUUGCGCUGCCACAAUGCUGAUAUAAGCUUCUCCGCUUUAAGCGGCAGUGGUGUCGAGUGCUACGAGGCCUCAAACCGGAGGCAGGAACAGGAUGUUUUCCGGGACGGUGACUACGCGCGAAGCAAAAGCUGGCCCUCGAAGGAAGGCUUCCUUCCAGUUGAGACAUGGACGUCCGUGAGAGGUUUGGCGGGAGCAGCGCGAUCAAUGCUGAAGGGGCGCGACAGCCCUAGCCAUCGCAAGCAUCGUUGUCCACCAGGCUGGUCUCCGCCCCCUACGCGUGUUACGACGUUUUUGGCUGAGUGAGGGUCGUAGAAGCAGCAGCAUGGUACAACCACUGUGCAUGGGGCCUGCAUGCAUGCAGGUACUUGCCAUCGGGUGUUGGGAAUGCAUGCAUAGCGAGGGCGGGCAUGCACGGGCGAUGCAUGUUGGGAAGGUGCCUCUAAGGAGCUGACAAAGGAGCGGAUAGGAGGGAGGAUGACACCUAGAUAUGGGCAAGCAGGGCAGGUGGCGAUGGGAGGACCACACUCAGAAUUAAGCCUCAGUGCGCAGUAAUCCUGAUUUGCCGUACAACAGGAGGAGCAUGCGCCCAAUCACACUGAGGAGCCCGUCUGUCAUCCGCAUUCGCGAAAACUAAGACAACCAGCCACUAUGUCACAUGAUAUUGUCUGCAACCGGAGGUAACCGAACCCCCGCCAAAGUAUGGACGUACGACCAAUGCCCAAUGACCAAUGCAUAUGCCUGCUAGCCCUGCACUGGCGUCCCUCUCCACCAGCUGGGCCUCCUCUCUCAAGGCUCUACCAUGCAGGAAACCUGCAACAGUUCUCCAAAGACAAAAGGAGCCCCGUUCCCCGCUUGCCCGGUGCUUGACAGCCCCUGCUAACCGUGCUGGACAUACCGCGCAUGCUAGUUGCUUCUCAACAUCGGUCCCAGCCAGGAUACCAGUGCUGCUGGCCCUACACAACAUCCUACAUGGCUGGGGCUCCAAGGCGUCCACACAGCUCAACAUGGUAGAUGGUAAGGGAGGCGGCUGGUUCUAAUGGGUGCAGCUGCCGCUAUCGAGCUAUCACCCCCCUGGUUGGCAACAAGUGACUCUACAAACACACCUACAGCAGCCCCACGGGUCUCCAGUUGGAAGCAGCUAAGCCCGCCGCUACAGAGCAAGCUACACUGGUGACAAACACACUCAUAGUCAUGGUUCUGUCCCAGGUGUCAACAUAACUUGAUGCAACGGCGCAAGUGUCGAGUGGCAAUCAUGUAAAUGCGGAACAAGCUCAUCCGUCAUAGCCGUACCAUCAUCAUGUCGGCAUGCAAACAUGCCAGCAAAAACACGCUAAUGCAGUGCAUCUGCACAUG